AUAAUCAACCAUGGUUUGCUUCACAAUAUCACAAUUUUUUGUUUUGCUACUUUUACUGUUUGCAAUGACGUUACACAAAGGCAUCUGUGGAGCAAACACGAAGCUUAGUUGCAAUGGAAAAGAUCGAUCUGCAUUGCUACUCUUCAAACACGGUGUCAAAGACGGUUCGCACAAGCUCUCUUCUUGGUCCAAUGGAGAAGAUUGCUGUGCAUGGAAAGGAGUCCAGUGUGAUAACAUGACAGGCAGAGUCACAAGACUUGAUCUAAACCAACAAUACUUGGAAGGUGAAAUCAACCUAUCUUUGCUUCAAAUUGAAUUUUUGACCUACUUGGACUUGAGCUUGAAUGGCUUUACAGGUUUAACUCUUCCACCUAUCCUCAACCAAUCACUAGUCACACCUUCUAAUAACUUGUCUAACCUUGUGUACUUGGACUUAUCCUUUAAUGAAGAUCUUCAUUUGGAUAAUCUUCAAUGGCUUUCUCAACUUUCUUCGUUGAAAUGUCUCAAUCUGAGUGAGAUUAAUCUUGAAAAUGAAACAAACUGGCUUCAAACCAUGGCCAUGAUGCAUCCUUCUCUAUUAGAGUUGAGAUUGGCAAGUUGUCAUUUAGUCGAUAUGAGCCCUUUAGUCAAGUUUGUGAAUUUUACUUCACUUGUGACUCUUGACCUGUCUGGGAAUUACUUUGACUCUGAGUUGCCUUAUUGGCUGUUUAAUAUUAGCAGUGACAUCUCCCAUAUUGACCUUAGCUUCAACAAUUUGCAGGGUCAAGUACCCAAGAGCUUGUUAAAUCUUCGAAAUCUUAAAUCUUUAAGAUUGGUUAACAACGAACUUAUUGGACCCAUUCCAGCUUGGUUAGGGGAACAUGAACAUCUGCAAACUCUUGCUCUUUCUGAGAACUUGUUCAAUGGUUCCUUUCCUUCGAGUCUAGGAAACCUUUCAUCCCUAAUUGAAUUAGCUGUUAGCUCCAAUUUCUUGAGUGGUAAUGUUACAAGCACCAUUGGCCAACUCUUCAACUUGAGGGCUUUAUUCAUUGGAGGUUCAUUGUCUGGUGUUCUAUCUGUGAAGCACUUUUCCAAACUCUUCAAUUUAGAAUCACUUGUCUUGAAUUCUGCUUUUUCUUUUGACAUAGAUCCCCAAUGGAUUCCUCCUUUUCAACUUCAUGAAAUUAGCUUGAGAAACACAAAUCUAGGUCCUACUUUUCCACAAUGGAUAUACACUCAAAGGACACUAGAAGUUCUAGAUACUUCUUACUCAGGACUUUCAUCCAUAGAUGCAGACAAGUUUUGGAGCUUUGUAGCCAAAAUUAGAGUAAUUAACUUGUCGUUCAACGCAAUUAGAGCUGACUUAUCAAACGUCACUCUAAAUUCUGAAAAUGUAAUUUUGGCUUGCAACAAUUUCACAGGAAGUCUCCCACGUAUAUCAACAAAUGUCUUCUUCUUGAAUCUAGCAAACAAUUCCUUGUCUGGACCCAUUUCCCCUUUUUUGUGCCAUAAAUUGAGUAGGGAAAAUACAUUGGGUUACUUGGAUGUGUCCUAUAAUUUUUUCACUGGAGUAAUUCCUAAUUGUUGGGAAAAUUGGAGAGGUUUAACUUUCCUUUACAUUGACAACAAUAAGCUAGGUGGUGAAAUUCCUCCAUCAAUUGGUUUGUUAGAUGAAAUCAUAGAGAUGGAUUUUCACAAGAACAACUUGUCUGGGAAGUUUUCACUUGACUUGUCAAACUUGAAAUCGUUGGUGUUCAUCAACCUUGGAGAAAAUAAUUUUUCUGGAGUUGUACCAAAGAAGAUGCCAGAGAGUAUGCAAGUGAUGAUAUUGAGAUCCAAUAAAUUUAGUGGCAAUAUUCCAACACAACUAUGCAGCCUCCCUUCUCUAAUACAUCUUGAUCUUUCACAAAAUAAAAUUUCUGGGUCUAUUCCUCCAUGCGUCUUUACUCUCAUGGAUGGUGCAAGAAAAGUGAGACAUUUUCGAUUCAGUUUCGAUUUGUUUUGGAAAGGCCGAGAGUUAGAGUAUCAAGACACUGGGUUAUUGAGAAAUCUCGAUCUUUCAACAAACAACCUGUCUGGAGAAAUCCCAGUAGAAAUUUUUGGCCUCACUCAAUUGCAGUUCUUGAACUUGUCCAGAAAUCAUUUCAUGGGAAAAAUAUCAAGAAAGAUUGGUGGCAUGAAAAAUUUGGAGUCCCUUGAUCUCUCCAACAAUCACCUUUCAGGGGAAAUUCCUGAAACCUUUUCUAAUUUAUUCUUUCUAAGUUUUCUCAAUUUGUCAUACAAUGAUUUCACUGGACAAAUCCCACUGGGUACUCAACUUCAGAGUUUUGAUGCAUGGAGCUAUGUUGGGAAUCCCAAACUUUGUGGACUUCCUUUACCAAAGAAUUGCUCUAAGCAAAAUAUUCAUGACAAGCCAAAGCAAGGUGGAGCAAAUGAGUCGCUCUUUCUUGGGAUGGGAGUUGGAUUUGUUGUUGGCUUAUGGGGAGUGUGGGGUUCUUUGUUCCUCAAUAAAGCAUGGAGACACAAAUAUUAUCGGAUCGUGGGUCAUGUUGAAGAUUGGCUUUAUGUGUUUAUAGCUCUCAAGUUCAAGAAGUUUGCUGAAUUAAGAGCAAGUUCUAGAUGAAGGAAAAAACUAUUAGGAUCAGUUUUUGAAAAAGUGCUUACGAGAUAGAGCUUCUUGGAAAAAUGGCAAUGCAAAAAGCUACUUAAAUAAGUCAUUUUGUGUUUGGAAUUGGGUGUACACAAUAAGUGAUUCUUAAAUAAUAAGUGGUGUUUGACA